CAGAUUAUUAUUUUAAUUAACAGUAUAAUUGCAUAAUGUACAUAAAAGAUUGCUCUUUUAAACUGAAGUUUACUGUCUAUUUACGUUUAUAGGUUUAUGUAAUGUGAGUGUUCUUUUUAGAUAAUUUCACCCCUGUUUUUGGUUAAGGUCCGUUUAAUCAACAUGGCGGUAUAUUAAAAACUGCGCUGUUUCUGUAUAAGGGCUGUAAAUGUUUAUUUCCUAAUUAGCCAUCGUAUUAGUAAUUAUUGCUAGCCUAAUAGUAAUAUUACGUUGUCAAAAAUAACACCAAGAUGAGUAACAUUUAUAUACAGGAACCUCCAACGAAUGGAAAGAUUUUAUUAAAGACAACAGCUGGUGAUAUUGAUGUUGAGUUGUGGUCAAAAGAGGCACCGAAAGCAUGUCGGAAUUUUAUUCAACUAUGUAUGGAAGGUUAUUACAACACCACCAUAUUUCAUCGGGUUGUACCAGAUUUCAUUGUGCAGGGUGGAGACCCUACUGGAACUGGAAGUGGAGGAGAGUCCGUCUAUGGCCAGCCCUUCAAGGAUGAAUUUCAUUCCAGGCUGCGUUUUAACAGAAGAGGAUUAGUUGCCAUGGCAAAUGCAGGACCCCAUGAUAAUGGAAGUCAGUUUUUUUUUACACUAGGACGGGCAGAUGAACUUAACAAUAAACACACCAUAUUUGGAAAGGUCACUGGGGAUACAGUUUACAAUUUGUUGAGAUUAGCAGAUGUGGAAACUGAUAAAGAUGAAAGGCCCCUCAACCCUCACAAAAUACGUUCUACAGAGGUAUUAUACAAUCCAUUUGAUGAUAUUGUUCCUCGGGAAAUGAAAAAGAGCAAUAAAGAAAAAGAAAAAGAAGAUGGAAAGAAAUUCAGUUCCAAGGCCACAAAGAACUUUAGUUUACUUUCCUUUGGUGAAGAGGCUGAAGAGGAAGAAGAAGAAGUCAAUAAGAUAAGUCAGGGUCUGAAAGGGAAGAGCAAAAGCAGUCACGAUUUGUUAAAGGAUGAUCCAAGGCUAAGCUCAGUUCCUGCUGUUCGGAGUGAUAUGUCUAAGGAAGGAAGUUGGGAAUCAUUUGAGGCAGAGAAAGAAGAACUAGGUAUUCCAGGAGAUAAUGAUACUGAUGAACGGGAACAGCUGAGGGCUAUGCUGGCCAAAAAACUAAAGAAAGACAGCAGUGACAACAUUACUAAAGAAACUAGUAGUGAUGUGCAUAAUGAAAAGAAGAAUAGCCGCAGUGAAGAACUGAGAAAAGAGGCACGUCAGCUAAAAAGGGAACUUUUGGCAGCUAAACAGAGGAAAGAAGAGACUGUUAUAAACUUGGAAAAAAAGGAAACUGAAGCUAAAGCUUCCAACCCUGCAGUUUCAGAAUAUUUGGAGGAAAGAAAAAAGUACACUGAAAUACGAAAACGAAAGCAAAAAGGAUCCAGUCGAGAGGAGCAGACACUUGCACUUUUAGACCGUUUUAAGAAUAAACUUUCAAGUGCUAUCACUGAAGCUCCAGAAGAGAAGGUUGAAGAACUGGCAAACGAUGAUGAUGACAAGGGGUGGAUGUCCCACGUUCUUCAUUUUGAUGAUCAAACCAGAAAAGUAAAAGAUGCAAAUGUGCAAGAUGAAGAUACAUUUGAAAUCUAUGACCCACGUAACCCAGUAAACAAAAGGCGCAGAGAAGAGAGCAAGAAGAAAAUGAGAGAGAAGAGAGAGCGGCAGUGAGCUAAAGCUAUACAUGUGUAGGAAAGCAGCAAUCAUUAGCUGUGGCUUUGAUUAUGUUUGCCUGCAAUUGUCCAUCUAUUGUUUGUGCAAAUUAUCUGGAGCUUUUGUGUGGACUAAAGAAACAAAAAUGAUGCAGACCUCAGCUCUCUUAGAAGUUUAUACUUUAAUUAAAUAGCCUCAAGACUUCAUAGAUCUUCCUGACAUCGAGCCAAAGGUUUGUUGGUUCUUAUUGACUGAAACAGCCCCCAGGGCCAAACUUCAACAGAACUUACAUUUUAGAGUAGGUUCUUCUCAGAAAUUUCUUUGUGGUCAGACUGCAUUUAUUUUAAUUUAUUUAAUGCUGUGUCCUAAAAUGAUUGGGUUCUGUAGAACAAGAUAUGUAUUUUCUUAAAUUGAGUAGCAGUAAACUAAUUUAGAUUUUGUUGGCAUUGGAAAAUUAAGGAUAAUCCAUGUUAGUAAUGGGAGAAGACUGAUUUACAGUUACAUUUUAUAUAUGUCUAAAUAUUUUUCAACAUUUUAAUGUUUUUUGUACAUCUUCAACCUCUGGUCACAUUUCUGAGUUAAAUGCUCAAAUGCAUUCAGUUUAAUUGGACGAGACAGCCUUUAGUGAUUAGAAAAUGUGAAAUUAAUUGAAAACAUUUUAAAACUAUACAAAAUGAUGAUUUAACAAAUGAGGAUUUGCAAUAAAAAUGUCAUUCUGAAUGUCUUUCAUUACUAUUACUUGUGCAUAAUGAAAAUAUUAUAGAUACUACAGCAAUGACAUAAUAUUUGCAAAGUGAUGCAGAAAUUUUUGCCACAUACAGAGUUGGCAGUAACAAUAGUUUCUGGAACUUUGUGACAUGGUAUUAGAAUUAUUAGUUUGAAAAAUGUUGGGAAAAUAUGGAAUACUCUCUUAGAGUUUUUUUUUUUUUUACUAGAUAGCGGUUAAAAAUAAUUUGGACAAUCCAUUAGCUUUAAACACUUGAGACAAUUUCACACUAAUGAAUCAUAUGGUGUCAUGCCAACAUUACAAUGCAGCACAUUCUUUUUAAAACAGCAAUCAUAAUGUAUGAAUACCAAAGUGAUUUUACCUGGAAGAUGCACAGUAGUGUCUCUUAAUGUUUGCAAACUGCAAUUUUGUUGUCAGCUGGAAAAUGCAAUUAUAGUUGUGUCAUAUGCCAACUACAAUUUAUGUAGCAUGUUUUCUUUAAACCUGAAUCCAAAAUGUAUACUGACCUUUGUUUUUGUCUGAUGUUAAAGGGUCCUUCAUAUAUUCACUAUUGUUGUUUCAAAAUAAGGAAGACUCAAAGACUUAUAAAAAAAAAUAUUUUUAGCACAAAAUACUUUAGUUCUGCUAUUUAAUCUAUUUCUUAAUAUACAUUUUUUAAAUCACUCACAGAGAAUACACCCAUUACAAAUGAGCAUACAUUUAAUGUUCAGUGGUAAUAAUGUGCAAAUAAUGUUCAAUAAUUUCAAAAAUAUGGUGACAGAAUGGUGAACUGGGUGAUGCUGGUGUAUUACAGCUCCUUACAGAGUCCUUUGCUUAAAUCACCGCCCAUGCACUGCUAGUAUGGAGUUAAUACAGUUUUCAUCACACAUCCCAAAGACAUGUUAAUAUUUUGACAACUCUAAAUUUGGGCAAUGUAAAUUACUGUGUUUCUAACUGUGAGUGUGCCUUGUAAUAUAUUGGCGCCAUAGUCAAGAUGGAUUCUGCCUUGUGUCCAAUGCUGCUGGAAUAGACCCUGAAUCCCAGCACUAAAUAAAUACAUUUGAAAAUGGAA